GAUUUGGCUGGGCCUAAACUCUCCGCGGUCAGGGACCGGUUUCUGGGCGAAGCUGCCAUGCCUUCCGGGGGCCGCGGGCGGUCCCGGCUGCGGCUCGGGGAACGUGGCCUCUUGGAGCCACCCUCACCGCCCAAGCGCCGCCUGCUCCCUCGGGCGCAUUUCUUGCCCCUGCUUCUGCUAUCCCUGGCCGUGGCCUCGGCGUUCUACACCAUCUGGAGCGGCUGGCUCCGCCAGACUGAGGAGCUACCACGGGGCCGGGAGCUGCGGGGCCGGUUGAUCGGAAGCCUCCCCGAAGCUCGGCUGCGGAGGGUUGUGGGGCAACUGGACCCAGACCGUCUCUGGAACACUUACCUGCGCCCCCUGCUGGUUGUGCGGACCCCGGGCAGCCCAGGCAAUCUCCAAGUCAGAAAGUUCCUGGAGGCUACUCUGCGGACCCUGACCGCAGGCUGGCAUGUGGAACUGGACCCCUUCACGGCCUCGACACCCCUGGGGCCGCUGGACUUUGGCAACGUGGUGGCCACACUGGACCCGGGGGCUGCCCGUCACCUCACCCUUGCCUGCCAUUACGACUCCAAGCUCUUCCCAUCUGGGUCGACUCCCUUUGUGGGGGCCACGGAUUCGGCUGUGCCUUGUGCCCUGCUGCUGGAGCUGGCCCAGGCCCUCGACAGGGAGCUGAGUAGAGCCAAGGAGCAGGAGGCCCCGGUGACUCUGCAGCUGCUCUUCUUGGACGGUGAAGAGGCCCUGAAGGAGUGGGGGCCCCAGGACUCCCUCUAUGGCUCCCGGCACCUGGCCCAGCUCAUGGAGUCUGCCCCCCACAGCCCAGGCCCCACCAGGAUCCAGGCUAUCGAGCUCUUCAUGCUUCUCGAUCUCCUGGGCGCCCCUAAUCCGAACUUCUACAGUCAUUUCCCUCACACAGCCCGCUGGUUCCAUCGCCUGCGGAGCAUCGAGAAGCGACUGCACCGCCUAAACCUGCUACAGUCUCAUCCCCAGGAAGUGAUGUAUUUCCAGCCGGGGGAGCCCCCUGGCUCCGUAGAAGAUGACCACAUCCCCUUCCUCCGUCGAGGGGUCCCAGUGCUCCACCUCAUCUCCAUGCCCUUCCCCGACGUGUGGCACACACCCCACGACUCUGAGGCCAACCUGCACCCCCCCACAGUGCACAACCUCAGCCGCAUCCUCGCCGUGUUCCUGGCUGAGUAUCUGGGGCUCUAGCCUCCACGGCUGACGCUGGAGGAGAGGAGCCCGGCCAGGACGUGCCAAGGACACGUGGAACCAAUGGACCUCAGGCCAGGCCGCCCCUCGGUAUGCUGGCUUAUCCUUUUAUUUGGCAUGGGUUCUACUUGUGCUAUGAUUUGAAGACCCUCUUUCCUCUGUCUCAAACCACCAUUCUUUAAAGACAUGGAGGAGUCAAGACCACUGUGGGGUUGGCAGCCAAAGGCUCUUCUCAGUUUCAUGGUCGGCAUACCCUGGGCUGGCAUCUGGACCGGUCACAGCACCCCACCAAAUGAAUUCUCUGCGGCUUGUGUUUUUAUGUCCAUGGACUGCCGUGUGGGGGUCCACAGGGGAUGUGCUUGGACGCAGGAACAGAGGAGGUGGAAGCCAAUAUUUGGGAACUCGAGUCGGCCAGACCCAAGGGCAACAGACCAAUGUUUCUGUGAAACAUAUUCUACAGAUUAGCAUUACAAGGUGUUGCAUGAAAAAGGGGAUCGAAGACACGGGAUGAGACAUUAAAUGAGUUUCUUCAUUGCACAAUGUGAA